CAUCCUCGCGGUUAGCGCCUACAGAGCCGCUGCAGCGGCAGUGUCGAGCGAGGGGCAGCAGUAGCAGCAAUGGCAGUCACUGCGUUGGCGGCGCGGGUACGGCUCUACUCGUUGGGAGCGAGGGCCAUGCAAGCCCAAGGCUUCAGCUCGGACCAGUCGGAGGAUCUCGACAGGCGUGCAGGCUCUAUCCGAGAGGCCGGGGGGGCCUUUGCAAAGAGAGAGGCGGCUGAAGAGGAGCGAUACUUCCGAGCGCAGGCUAAGGAACAACUGGCAGCCUUGAAGAAGUACCAUGAAGAAGAGAUCGUUCAUAGUAAGAAGGAGAUUGAGCGUCUUCAGAAAGAAAUUGAGCGGCACAAGCAGAAGAUAAAGAAACUAAAACAUGAUGAUUAAGUGCACACCGUUUGCCAGAGAAUGACUACAUAAUCGUUGUCCACUCCUAGUGGACACAGUUCUGCUUUAAUUAAUAUGGGUCUGUGUGCUACCAACAAAUUAUAAUAAAUGGUCAUCAG